AUGGUUUACCACUGUCAUAGCAUAAACUCUGAUGACUCUCCUUCUCACAACCCAGAAGCCAAAUCUAUGCCCAAAUCAAAAAAAGUAAUGAGCUCGCGGAAAAAUGACGCCAAACCGACGCGUACCAAUCCUGCACGAACUCACAAGCAGAACCAACGUGUUGCCCACGCCAUCAAGAAGCAUAUCAAACAACGACGACGUAAUCCUAUGCAUGUGUUUGUUGGCAAUCUUGCUAAAACAGUCGACGAAGACACUAUUGAAGAGUACUUCAGUCACUGUGGUGAAAUUCUCUCUGUCGAGAUUCGCUGCAGUGGUGGUCUGGCAAUGACGACUGGUCGCCCGAAUCCAGCCUAUAUUGCCCAAUAUUCUGUUAGGCAGUACGCUAUGAUCACGUUUAUUGAUGCAUCGGCUGCCCAAAAAGCUCUGAAUCUCAAUGGGUCUCGUCUUCAAAUAGGCGAUGAAUCCACGGAACUCGUGGUCACACGCAGCGCCGCUGAUCUUCCAGAAGUAAUAGAAAAGGUGCAGCAGCGUCUUGAAGCAUACCGAGCUCGCAACGGCUUUACUGAUGCGAGGCGUGCUCGACAAAGCGCAAUGAAGGCUCUGGACCUCCAACCCACCAUUUUAUUAGAAACUCGCGGAGAUAAACACCCGCGCGGGAAGAUCUUUGGGUUUUCUUUCCCUUUGCCCCUCUUUUGA